AGUCUGCCGCUAGUACGCUUGCGCAGACGGUGGAGGUUGGGUUCUCCCACUACUUCUCUCUGUCUCUUGGCUGGGGGGAGGGGACUGCUCAGGUCUGGCAGCGCCCCCCAUUAACUGACAGCACGCCGGCUUCGUCCGCGCGUCCCUCAGCCGAGGCAGCGGGGCUGGAGAGAAGCGUCGUUCGGGCCCGGGUGCAGAACGGGGAAGGCCUCCCUACCGGUCGGGACGCCUUUCGGUCCGGAGGGGGGAGCGAGGCAAUGAGCCCGGGGGCCCCCCCGGCAGCCGCUCCUUCCACUCAGGCAGGUAUUCCGUGUCGGCUGUGCCUCACGCCCCUUUCGGUCCUGCAGCGCAAGGGCUGAGGGGUCCCGGGCAGCCCUUUUCUGAGGGAAACUCUCGGCGGGUUUUCAGAAGCCGUUUCCAUCGACCCGGGCGAGUUUAGAGGGGCUCUCACCUGCCGCCACAGGUUACGGCUCUUCUCCACGACGAGAGGCCUCUGCCGCCGCAUCUCGGGGGCAAGGCGAAGCGCGCAAAGCGGCGGCGGGGCCGCCUAAGCUGCACCUUCGGUUUUUUUUGACCGAGGCCGGCCUAACCAGAAGAGGCAGGCGGGAGCUGUCUAGGCCGGCCGAAGCGGCGCCGACUUCUUCUUAAGUUCUUGGAUGCCGGGACCGCUUUCCACGGGCGCCGACAUACGCAGCUGCGGCGGGGCAUGAAUCCGGCGCAGCCCGAAGGGGAGGAGGAGGGCGACGGCAGCGAAGAAGAAGAAGAAGACGACGGCGGCGGCGGCGACAUGGAGAUGCCGCCGCCGGAGGAGGAGGAGGAGGAGGAGGUGGCGGUGGUGGCUGCCACGACGGCCGGAGCUGGGGAGCGCGGAACGGAGGCAUUAACGGACCCGGCGCUCACCGGCUGCGUCCCGACGGGAGACAAGCUGGAGGGAGGGAGCGCUGGCGGCUACCCCGAUUGGGAGCAAAGCCUGAGCCCGGAAUUGCAACAGGGUUAUCGGAUCCUGAGCGAGUUUCUCUUAGAAAAGCACCGGCCUCUGACGGCUCCUUUCUUAAGAUCUUGGGAAAACCAAAAAAGUGAACGAGGCCAAACGGGCGCUGCCGACUUUUCCGGGGAAGAAAAUAGUGUCUGUCUUCUCCCUUGCCCUAAAUCUCAGCAAUUAUCUGGAAUGUGGCUGUUGAAAAUGGAAGAAAAAUUUGCUUCUGGCCAGUACAGAGGAAUUACUGAUUUUGUGGCCGAUUUCCGAUUGAUGUUGGAGACCUGCUAUCGGCUUCAUGGGGUAGAUCACUGGCUCUCCAAACAAGCCCAGAAGUUAGAGAUGAUGCUUGAACAGAAACUGGCUCUGCUUUCUCGGCAUUUAAGAGAGAAGACAGCAAUAGCAGUAACAUCUAAAGGGUUCUAUGGGCUGGAAGAUGAGAAGGGAACAGCUUGUACUUCAACAAGGCGUCGUUCUACACCCCGCAGUUUAGCAGGCUUGACUACAGGCGUGUUUGAAUCCGUAAUGGUUCAGGUUCUGAGACAGGAAGAACAACUGAAAGCAAAAGAAGAAAAGAGACUUCGAGAACAAGAAAGAAAAGAGGCAGAAGAAGCUAGUCAAAAAGAAGUAGAAGAAUGGGAGAAGUCUCUUCUGUCUCAAGCAGCACCUACUCAAAUGGAAAACAUGUGGGAAAUUCCAGCUAUUGGCCAUUUUCUUUGUUUAGCACAACAUAUUUUAAAUUUGCCUGAAAUAGUAUUUUAUGAAUUGGAACGCUGUCUUUUGAUGCCUCAGUGUAGUCCAUUUUUGUCUAAAAUAAUGACUUCUUUGUUAAGUCCUCCCCAUCGAAGAUCUACUUUGCAUCGAAGACCAAGUUUACCUUACAGGACUUGGGAAGCAGCACUUAGACAGAAAGUACAACAGUGGUAUACAAUGGUUGGGCAAACCGAUAAUCCAGACAGUUGUGCAGAAAAACUUGGCCUCUGUCCUCAGUUUUUCAAAGUUCUUGGAGAAGUCAAUCCUUUGGAGGAAAAACCAUUUCAUGAACUUCCAUUUUGUCAGAAGGUAUGGUUGCUUAAAGGCCUCUGCGACUUCAUAUAUGAGACUCAAAAGGAUGUACAGGAUGCAGUACUUGGUCAACCUAUUCAUGAGUGCAGGGAAGUGAUUCUGGGUUAUGAUUACUUAGAACAUGCUUAUGUUCACUUCCCACAAUUCUGUGGUGCAGACGUACGGAUUUAUAAGCAAAAGCCUUUUCAUGCCCCUGAAUUUCCCAUUCCUCCAAUUAAAGUAAAAAGAGUACCACGCAUUAAACUGGAGAAGGUGAAAUGUGAGUAUGGCACCAAAAGCAAUGGGGAAAUUAGAUUUGAUGCUAAAGAGCUGUUGCCUCAUGCAAAACAAGAACCUGGAAAAAAUCUUUGCUUGGCCAAGGUUCACUUGAAUCUCUUGAAUGUUAUACCAGAACAUGAAAUUAAAUACAAUUGUGAAGAGAAAACACAUAAGGAUUGUGACUUUACAAAAGAUUGCUGUAAAGAAAAUCAAGACAAAGGCAUUGUUUCAGAAGAUGGUUUGGGGGAACCUCUUAGCCCAGGAGAAAUCAGGAUUCUAGAAAACAAAGAAAAAUAUGGUGAAUCUUCAGUUGUCAAACUUGAGGGAAUCCCAUUAAAAGAAAACACACUUAAAACAUGCCAGAUGCAUGUGAAUGGUAAUCAGACUGACAAUGCAGACUUUAAUUGUCACAAAGUUACUAAAGAAGUGACUUCAAAGAAUUCGGUAGAACAGAAAACACUAAUGUUUAGUAAAAUAAGAGCAAAGAAGAAGAAGAAAAAGAAAAAGAAAUUGAAAGAUAUUUUGAAUGAAAGCCUUCAGAGAAAACGUGAGAUUCAUCUCCACUCAUUAAAAUCUUAUAAACCUGAGAUCCAGAAUAAAUUACUCAUGAUAAAAAAGAAAGCCAAACACAAGAAGCACAAAUCUGGAAAGAAAUCCAUAUCUAAAAAAGCAGUUACAAAGAAAAGGAAAUCUAUUACAAAGCCUAUUGUCCCAGAAUUCCAGCUUAUUUGCACUAAUCUUGAUGAACUCAGGGAAUUAAUUAGAAAAACUGAGAAUGAACUCAAAGAUAUUGAGCAUAUUAAAAAGAAAUCGGGAAGAUGGUAUCAUCGAAAGCAGGCUGUAAAGGAACUCCACUGUACUUUGAUAAGACUGCUAAAUGAGUUGUUACCAUGGGAACCAAAAUUAAUGAAGGCAUUUCAUAGAAACAGGUCUCGCUUAAAAAAAGACUAUGAUGACUUCAGGCGGCAACCGGAUCAUGAUAAAUUUAUUAGAGAACAGUGGACUAAUGAGGACAGUGAAAUAAAUAUUGUCAAAGAAAUUUCCAGUACAUUUACCAGUGAAACUUCAGAACACACAGAAUUUUUUAAAAGAGACUAUAUGGAUACGGAAGACAUGAACUCACCAGAAAUGGACCUUGGUACAGGAAAAUCCAGACCACUUAAAAAAGAUUUGACUUGUAGAGAAAUGCAGAAGAUAGUGCCUAAAUCUGUUAAACGCCAAUCCAAGCAAAACUAUUACCUAGAUGACAGCACAAAUGAUUUUUUACCAAGGAAAAAGCUAAAAUUAAGCACAAAUGAUGCUACCUUCUGUAGUAUUGAAAAUGAUCUGUCAACUGAAAGCUGCUUGAAUAAGCAGAUAGAAUCUUCAGCUUCAGAAUCAUUGGACAUGACAGACUCUACGGCAUAUGUACCACAUUUAAUAAAAGGGACCAAACCUAUCCAGGCCUUGCUUGCUAAGAAUAUUGGGAACAAAGUGGCCUUAACAAGUCAGUUGCCAUCUACAGUAGGUAGAAGCACUUUUACUUCUGAAAAACUGAUUAUAUCAACAGUCGGUUCUUCUCCAAUUAAACCAGAAUUGACCUGCCAGACCAGUUCAAAGAGUUCUUUGCAAGUGUUGUACAAAAUGCCAACUGGCCGUUGCAUGCCAGUAGACUUGCACAAUAAUUCAGUGAAGAUUCAGAUGCAGCCUGUAGUUGAUGGUAAGUCAGGAGAAAAAACCACAGGAGAGAAAAUCAUGCAGCAAGUCCUUAUUUUGCCUAAAAAUUUUCUUAUCCAGCACAGAGAAAGUAAAAGUGGAGCAAAAGAAAACCAACCCUUACAGCAAAAUACAAUUGAACAACACUGCAUUUCUCUUCCACAAUCAACAGAUACCAACACUACUUUAGUCCCUCCUAUUCCAGCUUCUUCAAUAAAUGCUGUUACUACACUUCUGCCUAACACAAAUGUUAAAAAAAAUAUUAUACAGUUGCCACAAGGGCCUGAUUCAGUGAAUAGAAUUUCGCUGCUCCCCUCUGUCAUUUCCACUAGUAACCCAUUAGCAUCAGUAGUGAAAAUGAACCAAAGCGAGACUGUAAAAAUUACCAAGACUGUUGUUUCAGCUGCCUCCUCCCCUGUUGCUUUACCUAUUGUUUCUUCAGCAGUUCAGACUUUGACAACAGUAUCACAGAGUGUGACCUCUUACACCAGUUCCUCCUCACAAAAUACUGCUGAUAUUAGUGAAACAAAACAAGAGCUGAAAACAAUCUGCAUAAGAGAUUCACAAUCUAUCCUUGUCAGGACACGUGGUGGGAACACAGGAAUCGUAAAAGUGCAAACAAAUUCAGAACCAAUUUCUGCUAGUAAUUUCUCUCCAAGUUCUGUUUUUACAUAUUCACCCCAGCUUCAAGCAUUUUUAAUGCCCAAAUCCACACAGUUAUCAACUUCUACUGUUUCAGCUGUGACAAAAGCGAUACCUAGCUUCCCAACACUUGCUCAAAUGUCUCCAGCAACUUCUUCUAUCCCAACUAUUUCCUCUUGUGCAAAUCCAAAAAUGGGGAAAGACACCACAGUCACAUUUGGGCAGUCUCAUAAUAGUGGUGUGGUGAAUCAAGGAGUGUCAAAAACUCUACAUGGAUCCUCCUCUCCAUUCUUAUCUUCCAUGUCGUCAAACAUUGUAAUGACAACUCCACCAAACAGUUCUGGUAAUGCAGUGAGCUUAUCUACAGAAAAUGUUGGGAAGAGUUCCACCUGUUGUACUACCCAGGCUUCUUUUAUUAAUCAACAAGUCAAUGUAAAUAAUGCAAAAUAUUCUGUUGCACAGCCUGAAGUCACUUCCAUUACCAGCAGGGGUCUGGGUAGUGCCCAAGUUCAAAAACUUAUGUUAGUCACAAAUCCUUCGCUUCUUCCUGUGUGUGGAGCUACAGGAGUCAACUUAAUUCCUACUCCAACAUCCACUGGUGUUAGUGCGCAAAAACUGGUUUUCAUUAAUACUCCACUUGCCAGUAUUCAAUCAAAUGCAAAUGUAACAACAGAACCACUUAAACAGACUUUCCCUCCUUCCAUUGGUAAGACAUAUGUUAAAAGCACAGAGAAACCUCAGCUCGUCCUUCUUCCAUCUACUGUGGGAUCAUCAUUAAAAGUAAAUACGUCGCCAACUGUUUCUCAAGUAAAAGAUGUAAAAAUAGGUCUUAAUAUUGGUCAGGCCUUUAUAAAUAGCACAGGCAAUGCUCAGAAUGUUUCAACGGUUAACAUGCAGUCUACAGCACCAAAAGAUUUGGAAGAUAAAAAUAAUCAUAAUGUAAUUUUCCCAUUAUCAACUAGUAGUGGUUUAGUUCCUAUAUGUUCAAGUUUGCCAUGUCAAAGCAUUGCAGCAAAAGGAGUAAAUACCAUUACAGUAACCAGCAGCCCAUGUUUAGAUCCUACUUCUGUGACACUGAGUGGAACUACUACUGGAACACGGCCUACUAUUUUGGCUGGUGGAAUGGAACCCUCAGCAAAAAUAAUACCAGUUUUAACUACACGGUUGUCCUCCUCUAAUGUUGGAAGUACUAUGGCUAUAUCAACUGUGAAAACAGGGCACCUAGCUUCAUCUGUACUGAUUUCUACUGCUCAACCAACAGUUUCCCAUUCAAGUUUAUCAUCUGCUUUUCAGUUGCCAGUAACAGUUUCCUUGCCUGGACCAGUGAAUGGUGUCCCUAAAAUGUUGCAUACAGUCCCUCAAUUGCCAGCAAUUCCACCUACUUCGCAAUGUGUGUCCCAUUCAAAAAGUCAGCAAUCCACCCUAGCUCAGUUUCAGCCUGCGGGAAUUUCAGCUGGAGUGCCAACAAAUGGAAGUACUCCAAAACUUCAAAAAGCAUCUCCAAAUGCAAGUAAAGUGAUUAAUUUUUCUAAUUUAGUUCCUCUGCCUUGCCCACCAGUGCCACUUAAUGUAAAGCCAGUUCCAGCUUUCUCCUGUUCUCCUGGUACUGCUACAAUUCAGACUGUUCCAUCCUCACCAUCAGUAGUUAAUAAUGUAGGCAGCCAAUUAAAUGAAUCCCAUAUCCAGCAGAAAAUAAUAAUUAACACCUGUACACCUUUGGCACCUGGAACUCAGAUAAUGAUCAGUGGUACUCGUUUUGUUGUUCCAUCUCAGGGCCUUGGAGCUGGCAGUCAUGUUCUUCUCAUUUCUGCAAAUCCAAAAAUUGGACCUCUCUUAACUGUUAGUAAUGGCCAUGGAUUUCAAGGUGUAUCGUUUGCUGCUCCCACUCCCCAGAAGACUACACAAGUGAUGGGUAAUUCCUUAAACUGGCAGCCAUCAAAACUGCCUUUAAAAAGCUCUACCAAAAUUGUGAACUCUCUUGGGAUUGCAAAUCCUGUGCCUAUUGUUCAUGCUACUCCACAAAUAAUUGCCAAUACUUCAAAGUCAGGCACUCCAUCUUUUGCAACAACACUGUCUACAUCUUUGGUAGUGGUCACCUCAUCUUCUACUCAAACUAAAACAACUUUAGCUCCUACAACCCACACUAGUACCUCACAGCUACAAAACAGUAAGUCUGUAUUGCACCUAGAUACAUCUAUUAAAAAACUGAUGGUCAGCCCUGAAGGAGCCAUUUUGAAUGCUAUAAAGACUCCAACAUCAGAAACUUCAUCUCUGUCUUCAUCCUUCUCUGCUGACCUUAUUUCUACAACUAAGAAUUCUGCUGUUGUCUUCCCCAGUUUUCUGAAGUCCAGCAUAGGUGUCCCAGACACAGCUGCGUCUUGAAUUUCACAUAAAUGAGCCGUUGAAAUGUUGGGGCAUUUGUAUGUGUGUGUGCGUGUGUAUGUGUAUAAAAUUAAUUUAUAAUUGUUUUUUUAAAGUACACUGUUUGAAACAUCUGACUUAUGUCCAUGAACCCAAGGCAUGUAAUGGCAUGUUUUGAGCAGAUGAAGCAAUGAAGCAAAAAAAUAUUUUUGCGUAUCAUUGAGAAUUCAUGAGUGGAAGGGAUCCAGGAUGACAGUAGAUAGCAGCUACACAGUUUGCUGUUAACAACAAAAUGUUACCUGUUAACAUGUUGAAACACCUGUCAACAUCUCAAGGAUUUGUGUGCACAAAGCCAUCAUUGGUUUUUUAUUUUUAAUUCAUGUUAGAUUGAGAAUCAUUUCGGUUUUCCUUUUUUCAAAAAAUGGUGAGAAAGCACUUCUUGAAAUAUCUUUCAGAGCAAAACUUUUAAAGGCUUUUAUUAAAGUGGGAGAAAAACUGUUCAGAGAUAUAGAAAGCAAUGUUUGGUUCUUGGUUAGCACAUUUACUGGGAUCUGUUCUUUCUCAUAAUUUAAAAAUUUUCUAUUUUGUUUUCAAAUGUUCCCAUGUUCUAUAUUAAUGUGUUGUAAAAAUGCAAUCUAUGGUGUAAAAUUGUACAUAAUCCCAAUUCCUUAACAGUAUGGACUAAACCAUGUGUAAAAAGAACUACUCUUGUCUUAUUUAUGUUUUGUUUACAUAAUGUAUAGUUUUUUAAGUAUUUUAGUAAUUUUGGAUAAGUGUACUGUUUAGCAAUAAUGCAGAAGGAUCUGUAUGUAAUAAACAAAGUUGCUGUAA